AUGGCAAUUAGAAAAGCAAACAAACUAUCCCAAAGUGCAGUUUUAAAGAAGAUAUUAAAGAGGUGUUCAAGCUUGGGAAAGAAAGUACAAGGAUAUGAUGAAGAAGGGCUUCCUGUGGAUGUGCCAAAAGGUCAUUUUGUAGUGUAUGUAGGGGAAAAUAGAAGCAGAUAUAUUGUUCCUAUCUCAUUCUUGGCAAGAUCUGAAUUCCAGAACCUUCUUCAACGUGCAGUAGAAGAAUUUGGGUACGAUCAUGACAUGGGACUCACUAUUCCUUGUGAAGAAUAUGUUUUCCAGUCUCUAACAUCCAUGCUUAGAGAGAGACCAGAGAGAGAAACUUGA